AUGAGAAGGCCGGAGCCAGGCCCGGAGCCGAGCAUGGAGGGGGAUGUACUGGACACGCUUGAGGCCCUAGGGUACAACGGUCCUCUUUUAGAAGAACAAGCACUUAUCAGAGCAGUAGAAAGUGGCCUGUCCUCACCUGAAUUUUCAGAGCUCUGUGUUUGGUUAGCAUCUCAAAUAAAGCCAUUAUGUGACUUAGAAGAAAGCAUCUCUUCAGCGGCUGGAAAUGAAGAUAUAGAGAGCUUCCAGCUUGAGAUAAGUGGUUUUCUGAAAGAAUUGUCCUGUCCCUAUUCAGCACUCAUCUCAGGAGAUAUUAAAGAUCGUUUAAAAAAGAAAGAUGAUUGUUUGAAACUCUUAUUAUUUUUGAGUACAGAACUUCAGGCUUUACGGAUUUUGCAGAACAAGAAGCUCAAAGGUUCCCAAUUGGACAAAAACAAUGAAAUUUACCAGGAAGUACAAGCUAUCUGUGAUACCCUGUGCUUACCAAAAUCAACUACUUCUGACAUUCCUGUCAUGUUAAGCCAUGUGGAAUCAAAGAUGAAGGAUAUUCUCUCAAAAGUUCAAAAUAACCACAUAGGAAAACCAUUGCUGAAAACGGAUUUAAGUCCAGAACAGGCGGAAAGAUUGGAAAGGAUCAAUGAUGCUCUCCGCUGUGAAUAUGAAUGUCGUAGGCGGAUGUUAAUGAAGCGAUUAGAUGUUACAGUUCAGUCCUUUGGAUGGUCUGAUAGAGCCAAGGUAAAAACAGAUGAUAUAGCAAGAAUAUAUCAGCCUAAGCGUUAUGCAUUGUCACCAAAAACAACAAUAACACUGGCACAUCUUCUUGCUGCUCGUGAAGAUCUAUCCAAGAUUAUAAGAACAAGCAGUGGUUCUACCCGGGAGAAAACUACAUGUGCCAUCAAUAAGGUGCUGAUGGGAAGGGUUCCAGACAGAGGAGGAAGGCCAACUGAAAUUGAACCACCACCUCCUGAAAUGCCUCCUUGGCAGAAGAGACAAGAAGGCGGAGGGAGGGGUGGCUGGGGUGGAGGUGGAGGUGGAAGAGGAGGUGGUGGGGGUGGCCGAGGUGGUUGGGGAGGAGGUGGAGGUGGAGGUGGAAGAGGAGGUGGUGGUGGGGGAGGCUGGGGAGCUAGUGGUGGUGGUGGGAGGGGAGAUUAUGGUGGAAGAGGAGAUUAUGGUGGGAGAGGGGGUUAUGGUGGGAGAGGAGGUUAUGGUGGGAGGGGGGGUUAUGGGGAUCCAUAUGGAGGAGGAGGGGGUAGUGGGGGUGGUGGAUAUAGAAGAUAUUAAAAUUCCAUUCUAGAUAAAUUAGAUGAUGCUUGUUUUCUAGUAGAAGGAUGUGUUCGGUACUUUUAGGCAUAGUAUUUUAAAUAACAGAUUUGAAUAUGCUCUAUGAAGUAUACAGUCUUUAGACCACCUGAUACCAUUACUAUGGAAUCUGAUUAAAACAUAAGAGCAUUGUUUUUAUAUUGGAUUUUGAUCUCUUAAGGGAAAUGAUCCCUGUACUCCAUGUAUCCUUGAGCAUGUUGGAGCUUUUUUUCAAAAAAAAAAAUGAUGAUGAGAAAAUAAAAAAAACUUUUUAACAAUGUAAAUAUUUAUUACCACUAAUCUUAGAACAUGGGAAGGGAAGCAUUUUAGUAUUUUCCUGAUCAGAGUUUAGACUCUAAAAUACCUAUAUUUUAUUUAAGUUUGUUUCAUAGAACUGACCUCACUUCCCAUGGAACUAUAGAUUGUUGGCUUCAUCAGUAUUUUUUGUACAUCCUUUGUAUUUGUUAGCUGCCCCCAUCCCCUUUUUUUGCUAGGGAAUAAGUAGUCAAGGGUCCAACAUGCAUAUAUCCAAUUUUCCUUUUUCUUUACAGGAGGGACUCCAUUCAUCUAUAUUUUUGCUAUGUUCCUUCUCUAUAAUCCAAACCUAUUUGUACAUAUGAACAAUAGCAGGUUUUCUUCACUUCAUAAAAUUUCUCCCUAGCAUUUUAAAAUGAUUUUUUGAUUUGAGUUUAAAAUCUUUGGAAUUUUCUUAUCUCACUAACAAAAGAAAAUUGAAGAUUCAAGUGAAAAUUAUCUUAAUAUCAACAAAGGUUAUUUUACUGUUGGCAUAAAAGCAUGAAAUAUCUUUCUUUGGGGGAAAGGGAACAAGCCUUCAAAGAAAAUGAUAAUUUUUGCCCUACUUGGCCUUAGACCAUAUAUAAAUGCAAGCUGAGAUGUCUUCCACAUUUUAAAGUAAAGCCCUUUGGGCCAGAUUUUUUAUCCAGUUAUUCUUUAAUGUUAAAUCUGACCAGAAAUAAGAUUGGAUUGUCAGAUUCACUGUAGUACCACUUCCUGAAAGAACAAUCUCAUUUGACUGUUUUCUAUAGUAUUUGGGUGAGGCAGCAAGUUGGGAUAGUUUUCCAGGGAGCUAACUCUGUUCCUCUGGACUGAUGGUUAGAACAAUGGCCUGGGAAUCCAGAAUCCAGACUUGUAAUCAUGGCACUAUUUACUGGUAUAUUUGUGGGGUGGAGCAAAUGCUAUCUCUUAGAAAGAAAUUUCUUACAUAUAACAUGGGGAUGAUAACACCUUGCUACUUGCUUCACAAAUAUGUAAACAUUAGUGAAAUAAUGUUGGAAAGCCUUUUGGGGCAGUUGCUUGUAUUCAGGGAGCAGAUGAUGAAUGAUAAAUCUCUCCUUAGAAAUAUGGUUGGGCUACACAAGUUCUUCUCAGGCAGGUUGCAAAACCAGUGUCCUAGAACAUGUAUAACAACUUUUCAAUCCUCAGUUAAUUCAGUAGAUGUGAAAACAUGUAUCGUUAUCCAGAGAAGUGAUGUGAUUACUUGUUGAGCAAUUUUUCAAAAGAAGCUAUUAGGUAAAAUCUUAAAGAAAUGUAAUACUAUUAAAAAAGGAGAUGAUUCUGUAUGCUGCAGUCUUGAAAAUGUAUUUUCAAGCUAAUCCUUUAAGAUAAGAUACUUUCCAGAGGAAAGGAAAAUGUAGAAUUUUUUUUAUUAUUUGUGAGCAUUUGUUUAGGGUAUUUUUUUGUAUGUUUACAUUUAAUGGACAAAAACACUCAAGUUCUCAUUUGUGACAAUAGAAAAUAUCCUUUCCAUAUUUAAGAAAACACCUUUUAGUAACAGCUGUGAACACUGAAUAAAAUAUUGUUUUAAGUUUCAUUUGUGUUAUUUAUAUAAAAUCUGACAUUCUUCUCUACCAAAUGGUUGUCACCUAGUCUAAGUAGAACAGAAAGGACCACUUGAAAAAAUAAAAAUAACUUUAAAAAAUCA